AUGCGCCUCGUGCUUCACCCGGGCGGCAUCGUUGCAUGCUUGUUUGUUUGGGCUUGUUUGUUCGUUGUCAAGGCCGCAACGAACGUCCUGUUCUUUAAUAUCCUUUUUUCAGAUGUCUCCGCAGUGGAUGGUGCAGCAAGCGGCAGGGAGCCCUUCAAGGGGCAACCGCCGCUCACUUUCCUGGGGAAGAUGCUGAAGAUACUAUUUGAGUGCGUGACUUGGCUGGGCCUCAUAUCCCACCUCGCGACUUUGUUAACAGACCCAGGAUCGACCAAGACGGCGCCGGUGCAUCAUGAAGAUGGAUCACCACUGCCCAUGGGUAAACAACUGCAUCGGCUCCAUGAACCAGAAAUAUUUCUUCCUCUUCCUAGCAUACAUGGGUGGCUCUUCAUUGAGCAAUGGACAUCCGCAUAUCCUGGUUGGCUGGCCCCUGUGCUGCUAGGCGGAUGCUUGCUAGUCGACGUUGUUUUCCUACUGGUAACGCUGGACUUUUUGGCCGAGCAAUGGGAGGCACUCGAGACCAACGCUACUUUGGUGGAAACAUACAGGAAUACCCAUGGCCAAAAGGUACAAAAUAUCCUGCAAGGACUCUGUAGUUCAUGGGUGUCCAGAAAAUUGGAGAAUACUGGGCAGCUGCUGAGUGAACGGCUGGAUUUGCGUGUUUGCAAAAUGCAGACUACUCUGUGGGAGCAUACUGUGGCGGUAUUUGGUCGACAGUGGUGGUUUUGGUGGCUGCCUGUGCCGCCGAAAAUAGCUCCUAAUUGGACGGCACCGACGUAUACCCAGGAAUCUUUUUCACUGACAAUGAUUAGAGCUGCAGCACUUCUCGCAGGCCUGGCGGUACCUGCGUCAGCGCGUGACUGGCUUUCGAGCGAGAAUCAGGCGCUGAAGUUGCCAGUAUGGCCAACUGCAGUUGAGAAGGUGCUGCUUUCCGAGGAACCCACUCCUGAUGACUUCACCGAGGAGCUCCAAGGGGGUGCACCCGACAUGAACAUGUUGCCUGGCUUCACCACACUGGAGAACUAUCCCAACCCAAUGGUCAACUCGAUGGCCUGCAGAAGAUGGGGCAUGGAAGUUUCCUACGUCUGCGACCCAGAGCGCCUUUCCAAUAUCCGACACAACUCAUCCCAUCGCUGCGUCGACGAAUACGUCUCCUACCCAAAGAAUGGGGGAAAAUUGUCCGCUGGAAGGGCUCUUGAGGCCGAUGUCAUUGCAGUUGGACAGGACGAGCUUGCCAAGUAUCGUUAA